AUGGCAGAGUUUGUUGUGUCCUCUGUUGCACAAUACCUUGGUGUCCUGCUAAUUCAAGAAGCAGAAUUUUUAGGAGGUAUCACAGAUCAGAUUAUGAAGAUCCAAGAUGAUAUGACGCGGAUGCAAUGCUUCUUAAAAGAUGCAGAUGCAAGAAAGGAUGAAAGCCCAGUUGUUCAUAAUUGGGUUUCAGAAAUCAGAGAGCUUGCAUAUGAUGUGGAGAAUGCUAUAGAUGCCUACAUUCUAAAAGCAAAGUAUGCAAGCUUCUUCAAUCCAAACAAAUUUAUACAACUUCACAAAAUUGGAAAGGAGAUCGAAACGCUUCAAUCCAAGAUCCAGGACAUUACUCGCAAUGUAGAAACUUAUGGCUUCAUAAGGACUAGCAGCCAAGGAGAAGGAACAAGCUCUACUACAACUGAGCUGCGACAACAGAGGAGACAAUCCUAUUUGCACUCUUAUAAUGAAGUUGAAAAUGUUAUCGACAGAGAGGAUAACAUUAAGGUAUUGGUUGCAGAGUUGAUUAACAAGGAAGGCCCCCAUCUGGUUUCCAUUGUUGGGAUUGGGGGACUUGGUAAAACUAUGCUUGCCAAAAUGGUUUACAAUCAUGUUAGGUGUCAUUUUGAUCGUUGUUCUUGGAAUUAUGUUUCCCCACAAUUCCAAGGAGGACGAUUCAUUUUGCAGCAAAUCAUAAGGAACAUUUGGCCUCAAUAUGGACUUGAGUCCUUGAAUGAUGGAGAAUUGAAGAAGGAGCUUUACAAGGCAUUGGAAGAUAAGUGUUAUCUGGUGGUCCUUGAUGAUAUAACUAGCACAGAGGCAUGGGAUUUUCUGAAACCCGCUUUUCCGAAAGGAAAGAUGGGAAGCAAAAUAAUGCUCACCACUAGAAUCAAAGAUAUUGCCCUUUAUGCAGAUCCAUUGGGAACAGAGUUGGGAUCAUUUCUUUGGAAGAAUAUUGCUUCAAAUUCUUCUUCUUCUUCUUCUUCAUACCCUCAAGAAGCUGAGAAGAAGGAGAAGUUGGGAAGGGAGAUUAUGAAAAAUUUUGGAGGUCUACCUCUAGCCCUUGUUGUAUUUGGAGGCAUGCUAGCGAUGAAGAAAUCAAUUCAUGAAUGGGAGAUGGCAGCUAAGAACAUCAGUAGCUGGUACAUGAACAAAGCCCAACAACAACAACAAAAUGGCGAUGAUGAUGAUGCUUCGUGGAUAUUGUCUCUAGGCUAUCAUGAUUUACCUUCUUACUUAAAGCCAUGCUUUCUCUACCUCAGCUUCUACCCAGAAGAUACCAAAGUUGACAAAAGAGAAUUGAUUCAAAUGUGGAUAGCAGAAGGUUUUGUGCAGCACAAUGGGCAAGAAACAACAAAGGAGGAAACAGGGGAAGAAUACUUGCUUGAGUUGAUUAACAGGUCAAUGGUUGAAGUGGGAAAACAGAGCUUCCGCGGGAAUGUCAGAACAUGCGUUUUGCAUACCUCAAUGCGAUACUAAUGCUUGUGGAAGGCAAAAGAAGAGAAUUUCCAUUGUACUUAUAAUGAUGGAAGCUCAACUACAGGGGAUUCUUCUUCUUCUUCUUCUUCUUC